AAUAUUGAACUACACUUCACCUUCUCCAAAGGCAGCUCAGCCCAAGUUACAGUACAUAUCAUAGAGAUACUUAAUUAAAGCUUAACAUUUGGCUCUUGAGUCUUGAAAAGAAGGUAAACUCUCUCUCUCUCUCUCUCUCCAUGUCCAAAGAGAAAGCAUUUCUCGACAAGCUGGCGCUCCAGCAGAACCCAGGAGUACUUACUGGGGUGGUAGAGAAGGUGACAUACAACGCCAUAUUUGCUAAAAGCUUCAGCCGGUAUGAACAGAAGAAGUUGGGAUAUGGGGCGUUGGCUGGAUGUUUGAUCAUUGCUUUCAGCCUCUGCACUGUUUUUAAGUCUUGUAUAGGUCCUCUACCAAUUUUUAAAUUGCGCCUGUCAAUGGAUGAUGGUCUAAAUGUUCUCUCAGUUGUGGAUAUGAGCAGGUUUCAGCCAAGAGUUGCAGAGAAAGAGAGGAUAGAAGACACUAAGAUAAUGUGCAAUGUGUCGGAACCCAGAUCGGAUUUCUGUGAGGUCGCCGGAGAUGUUAGAAUCCUUGGGAAUUCCUCCACCAUCUUCUCUGUUUCAUCCCAAAUGGGUAUUGUGGGGAGAAAUGAAUCGUGGACUAUCCAACCUUAUGCGAGGAAGACAGACGAAGUUGCCAUGAGAAACGUUACCAAAUUGUCGGUGAGAUCGCUUGUCGGCCAUGAAGAAGCUCCUCGGUGCACUCUAAAUCACAGAGUUCCGGCCAUAGUUUUCUCCACAGCAGGAUACACGGGCAAUAACUUCCAUGAGUUCACCGACACACUGAUUCCUCUUUUUAUAACUUCCCACCAGUUUCAUGGAGAAGUUCAGUUUCUCGUAACAGAUUAUAGAUCCUCCUGGGUGAACAAGUACCAAGUAAUACUGAACCAGCUCUCUAGAUAUGAGAUCAUCAAUAUGGAUAAAGACGACCAUCAAAUCCAUUGCUUCCCAUAUCUGGUUGUGGGUCUCAAGUGUCACAAGGAGUUCAGCAUUGAUCCAUCAAAAUCUCCAGAUGGGUACUCCAUGAUGGACUUCACACAGUUCUUAAGGAGCUCCUACUCCUUGAAGAGAGCAAUAGUGAGCAGGAUUAAAGAUAAGCAGCCUAGGCUUCUUAUCAUAUCAAGGAAGAGAACUCGAUCAUUUGCAAAUAUAGGAGAAAUAGCCAAUAUGUCUACAAGCCUGGGAUAUGAAGUAAUUGUAGCAGAGGCAACAUCAAGUCUGUCUCAAUUUGCAGAGAUGGUGAACUCUUGUGAUGUGUUGAUGGGGGUUCAUGGUGCUGGGCUCACUAACAUGGUUUUUCUUCCUACUAAUGCAAUAAUAAUCCAAAUUGUUCCUUUUGGUUUAGACUGGUUGGCUAAAACUGACUUUGGAAAGCCUGCCUUAGAUAUGAAACUAAGGUACUUGGAAUAUAAGAUUAAGGAAGAGGAGAGCUCUCUAAUAGAACAGUACCCACCUGAUCAUGCAGUCUUUAGAGACCCCUUUUCAGUUCAUAGGAAUAAUUGGCCCUUACUUAGGGCUUUAUACUUGGAUAACCAAAAUGUCAAGCUUGAUGUAAGCAGGUUUAAACCCACAUUACUAAAAGCCCUUGAGCUUCUCUAUGAUCAGUAGAGCUGGUGGAGUUUUAUGGAACACACUCAAAGUCUACUUUGGUGUAAAUCUAUAUAUAUCCACAUAUAUAUACAUCUCAUUGUUGGCAUCUGUUUGUCUUUCAUAA